AUGAAUUUCAACGAUGAGUUACUUGGAAAAGUCGUGAAAUCUCACGUGCUGAAGGCCAGACCUAGCCAGGUUAUCUGCGCCAAGUUCCUUAGCUUUAAGCAAAACGGCAAAAGCGUUGUUCGAAACACAGUCUCGGUUUGUCCGCAUUAUUCAAGCAACAAAACCGAAGAGUAAGUUGUUUUAGUAUGUUAUUUUGUUAGCUGUAAACGUAAGAAAUGAGAAAUGUUUUUGAUCUACCCUCCUUCUCGCCACAGUCUCAUUGCCAUUUUAAAUUACCUCUUAAGCUCUGAUUAGUUUUGCGAUUGUCUUUGAGGUACCUAUCGUUAAAGAGCCACCAAACUUCCUUGCAAAACAUAGGUGUUCUGUCGCAAAAAUCAAAAAUUUUCAAAAAAAUUUUUUUGAAUGUGAGUCGGUCGGUUUCAAUUUGGAUUAGCAAUGACUUUACCAAGUUGAAACCGACCAAUCCAGAAAAGAAUUAUCGAAAUUGACUGAUUCUUGACACGGAAUGCCAACCUUUUGCAAGGAAUUUUUGAGGCUCUUUACGUACCGUAACAUAUUUUAUUGUCAUUUUUAGCACGUUCGAGCUUCGCGAAGACGGUAUCACCAUCCUGAAUUACGUGUUCUCUUUGAAGGACAUCAACAAUCUCUAUGUCUAUGGAAAGAAAGGCAAUAAGUAAGUUUUUAUCAUUUAGAUUCAGUUUAAUUUUUUUUUCAUUUUAAAAAAUUUAAAUGUUUUAGGUUUGUGGUGUUAAACUUCGACGAAACUAAUUUUGCUGCUGACUUUUAAUUUGAAAGUAAGUUCUGGGUAGUUCGAGAUGUACUGUUGUCUCAAACAAAGGGCGGUAUGCUCAUGUUCUAUAGUCCUAAACAAAGACUACAAGAUUUUGCUAAAGACGUGGAUCUUUUCAAUGAAAAAGUCAUCGGAAGUGUCGAAAACGGAGAUCUUUGGUUUCCAGAUGACUCGUGCAAGACGUUCGAAUCGAGCGACGGAGUCAACAACUUGGUUGAGUCAACUUGCUCGGAUCCAAAUCAACUGCUGCUGUCGUUCGUAUGUUACUUUUAAUAUUCAUUUUAUCUAAAAAAGGCAUUUUUUGAAGUAGAACUAGUCCUUAUUAAAGAUUUAUUUAAAGACUGAGACAAGUAUUUUAAUUAUUUUAUUUUUUCUUUGAGUUGUAUUGUUAUGCUGCAAUACUGUCAUCAUGCUGCUGGUUUGAUGGUUUUAAAAUUUGACUUUUAGGCCGCGUUGAAAGCACAAGGCGCGACUCUGAACGAUGACGAGGCCAAUGCGAACAACUUUGCCAUCUUGUUCUACUAGUAGGUGGUUGUUUAUCAGUUUAUGUAAUUGAGAGAUUUGGGGGAAAUUGUUUCAAUUUUUGCUUCUGGUUUAUUAAAACCUUUUGAGUUUUGUUGGGGGUAGAUUUUUUAAAUUAAAUUUUUUUUAAAUUGGUAAGCAAUUUUAGACAAGCUCCCACGACAACCACGACAACUACGACUAGUACCACUACCACACCCCUUGUCACUGAAGUCGAUGUCAUUCCUCCAGAAGAGUCAACGUGAGUUUAUAAUUUGUGAAAGACUUUAUCUUUUCCCCUUAGAGUCUGUAUGUAAUAUUUGUUUAAACGCUCGAUGUUAGGCGGUUGAUUGUGGAGGUGGGUUGAAAAACACAGGCAGAUGCCCUAGCCUGUAACAACUGUUUAUGUCACUGUUUUUAGGGUUGCGCCAACCACUUUUGUAACCGGAAACGGGACCUGUCACUCACCGGGAGAUUUCUCAUGGUGGAGGUAAGUUUUGGUUUUGUAUUGUGUGAAAUGGUAUCAUUUGUACCAUGUUUAAAACAAAAUUUAUUUUGUUAAGUUUUCAAAUUUAGAAAAAAGGUACAUUUUAGUAGGAUAAUGAAAUUUUUUAAACGCUAUCUUUCUUAGACUCAUAGUUUUUACUAUUUGUGUUGUAUAAUAUCGACGCUAAUUUAUGUGUUUCAGUUUUGGUAUUGGAUGUGCCGUUGGUGGGUUUCUUGUAGUCGUGGUUGUCGCAAUUGCUGCUUGCAUUUAUUUCUGUCGAAAGAAAAAGAAGGCUGAUCCAGUAGACAGCUCGACGCUUAAAACCGCAAGGGACAUUCUUCCUGAUGCUUCAGCUCCAGCAACACUCAACAACAACCAGGACCCCGGCGUUAAUGCUGCUGGAGCGGCACAAAACGGAGGACAAAGCCCAGUACGAGCAGCAGCAGAAGAAGUACAUGGUGGACCAGGUUUUGAUCCAAAUCACCGAACUCUCUAUUUCCCUCCGCCCAAAUACCCUUGCUCUUUAGCCUCAAGAGAUAACCUGAGGUGUAGAAGCCUGACAGUUUGA